AUGAGGGAUAGGAUAUUAGAAUCCCAGCACCUCGGCCUCGGCUUGGCGGCCGCGGCGGCAGCGGUAGCGGCGGCAACGGCCUACCUCCUCCUCACCUCCCCCCAUACAGCCUCUCCCGUGUCACCAUUCGCCGCUGCCGCCGUUGCCGCCCCGCGCCCGGCCAACGACCGCCGCAAGACGGCACCGUCGCCGAAAUGGACCGUCCUGCCCACCCUCUCGACGCUCGCCCGCGACGAGCUGCCGUACCCGCCCGACGCGCUGCCGGGGGCCCGGGACGUCGCCACGGCCUACGGGAACCUGCGCAUCUACGAGUUCGGACCCGAGGACGCUGAGGAGAGGGUCCUGCUGCUGCACGGCAUCGGCACGCCGUGCCUCGCGCUGGGGGGCGUCGCCGAGGAGUUUAUCGAGAGGGGGUGGAGGGUCAUGACUUUUGACUUCUUCGGCCGCGGCUACUCGGACGCGCCCCUCGACAUCCCCCACGACGCCCGCCUCUACACAACCCAGGUUCUCCUCGCCUUGGCCUCCUCUGCCCUGCCGGGCUGGACCGGCAACGACGCCUUCCACCUGCUGGGCUACUCCCUCGGCGGUGCCAUCGCCGCCGCCUUCGCCUCGUCGCACCCGCACCUUGUCAAGUCCCUCACCCUCGUCGCCCCCGGCGGGCUCGUCCGCUCCGCCGCCCACGUCGGGUGGCGGAGCCGCCUGCUGUACAGCGCCGCCUGGAUCCCCGAGCCCGUGCGCCGGUGGCUCGUCGCGCGGAGGAUCACGCCCGCAGACCCCGGGACCGGGGGGGACGUCCCCGAAAAGGAGACCGUCGAUGACGACAACAACGACAUGGCGGCGGAGUGGGACGACCUGAGGCUCGUGGGUGGGAGACGCAUCGGCGACGUCGUGCGGUGGCAGGCGCAGACGCACCCGGGGUACGUGAAAAGCUACAUGAGCACGAUCCGGCACGCACCUCUCUAUGACCGCGGGGGCGAGGAGUGGAGGGACCUCGCGGAGGCGCUCCAGGCGCGGAGGAGCGGCGCGGAGCCCGGGCUGAGGAAGGGGCGGGUGCUGUUCGUUCUCGGGGACAGGGACGAUAUCGUGGUGCCGGGCGAGACGGUGUGGGAUGCCGAGGCGGUGCUCGGGGAGGACGCCGUCGAGGUCGUGGUCCUCAAGGGCGGGCAUGAGAUCGCCAUCACCAAGGGGCGGGACAUUGUCGGGGCUGUUGUCUCUGCAUGGCAGAGAUAG